UUCGUCUAAUAAUGCCAAAAUAUUUAUACAAUUGCUGUGAUAAAAAUUUUAGUGGAAUACUUCCUUACAGAGAUCAUUUAAAAACGAAGCACGGAACAACCGAAAAAAUAGUUGGAAAAUAUGAAUGCAAAUGUUGUAGAAAAUCUUAUGAUAAUCCAUUAUUAUUUAUAGAACAUUGUUUAACUAAAGGUCAUGAAGAGAAGGUAAAAGAAGAAGAAAUUGAAAGAAAAUAUGAAUUUAUUCAAAGAUUAAGAUGUUUGAAUUCUACAUCUGGUUCGUCGGUUACUCUAGCUAGUGUAAAUUACUUAAAAUGUCCAGAAUGUAAUGUGAACAUUAAACUCUGGCAUGUUGCUGAUGACCAUUUUAGAAGUAAAAGACACAUUAAGACUGUUAUAGAAAAAGAAAUGCAUAAAAUAUUAAAUACAGGAAAAAAAUUUGUUCUUCCUCAAAGACUUCCUACAUGUCAAAAACCAAUUAAUCCUGAAAAACUUUCUCAAGCACAAAAAAAAGUGAACAUGGAAGUUCAAAAAUUUAAUGAGGCAUCAACAAAAUCCUUAAAAAGUGCUGUAUCUGAUAAAAAUACUAUUCAAAGAAACUGCAGUGAAAAAACUAUGAAGUCAAGUACAAAUUCUGUUCAAAAAGGAUGCAAAUCAAUACCUCAACAAAGGCAAAUUUGUAAAAGUGAAUGCAGUAGCCAGCCAUCUUGUAAACCUUCAGUAUCAUAUCUAGCAAAAGCAGAAUCAGCAAAUAAACUGAAAACAGAAGAAAACAUUCCAUCAGCCUCUAAAAGGUGUCAAAGAACUGACAAACCAAAAAUAAUAAUGAAAGAAGUAAAAACUAUUACUACUGUAAUAACAACUGAAAAAUCAUUACUAAAAAAUAAAAAGUUGUCUGAGAAGGUAAAAUCAUCAACUAAAAAAAUAUGAGAUAAUUUUUUAAUGGAUCAUUUAUUGUUAUUAAAUUUUAUUUGAGAAAAAGAACAAAAAUUGUUUUCUUAAUUUGUUAUUUACAUCUUCAAAAUACACAAUUAAAAAUUUUUUAAGUACAUAUUUUAUUUUAUUUUUAGUAUAAAUCAUACUCUGUUAACUAAAUCAAUGCAUUCCUGAAAAUGAUUCAAAUAUUGUGAAUUUAGAUAUCUCAAAAUGUUUCCCAUUAUUUAUGAGAAAAAUUCUAACUUUUUCCUAAUCCAUACAAAUCUCAACUAAUUUUCCAAAUGAGAGUAAAGCACUACAGAAAAAGUCUGUUUACAUAUCAAUGUUUUCAGCUGGAUAUUAAACAUUACAAACUUUACUUACUUUAGUAAUAAGCACAUAAGAUCAUUAAAGGAUAUAUUUAUAAGCAUUUACAUAAGUUUGUAUACAAUUUCUAAUAGAGCUUCUAAAUAAACUGUUUUCUUUAAUAUGUAGUAAACAGCAAUGUUGUAAUGAUAAAGAAUAUUUUAAAUUAAAAUUUUUACUGUAUAAAAUUAGAGCAUUAAAAAUAAAGUAAAACUAUUGUAAUAAACUUUUAAGAAUAAGCUUGUAAUAUUAUACCGAAAUUUGUGACAAAAAUCACAACUGUAUUAGGACAGACAUAAUGGCACUGAAACAAAUGUAGAGAUGAUUUGAAUAGGUUCACUACCUACCUCCCACUUCCCACUUUUACUACAAACUUUGAAUUUUAUACAAUUACAAUCUGAAGAAAUUCAUAAAAUAAUAAUAAUCAUAAAUUCAUAUUCAGGAUAAUUCAAUUUGGACAUUGCAAUGGGUGUUAAGGAAUAAUAAUCUGUCAUAGUGAGGAUUUGGAUAAUAUGAUGUGGCUUUUUUUUUUUAAUUUUGUAACUAAUU